CAUCCGGACAUCGUGUGUGAUGGACGUGCAUAAUAAAUUUAAUAAUUAAAUAAAUAUGAAAUCGUUGUUUGUGUGUUAAUAGAGUCGUGUUUAUGCCAACCAUCACAGAACAGAUUGCUGGAGAAGUGGUCAGGAAUAACAUGGCGUCGGAUCAGGAGUCGUGUUCUGAUGAGGAACCUGACAGUGAGAUGUUGAGUGAUGACCUCUGUCUGCCCGACAGCGAGGAUGAGAGACAACCAGCCAGGAACGUGCAGAGUCUCCCGGAAGAUCUUCCUCAGUUGAGCGUUCUUCGGCCUCCUCGUAAGCUGUUCACGAAUUGUCGCGAGCGUUGGAGACAACAAAAUGUGAGUGGAGCCUUCGCUGAGCUCAGGAGACUGGUGCCAACACAUCCACCAGACAAGAAACUGUCCAAGAAUGAAAUACUGCGAAUGGCUAUUAGGUACAUCGGCCUUCUUUGCGAGGUUCUCGAAUGGCAAAAGAACCACGGUCUCGUGACGAACAAAGAAAACUCUGGUUUGGCGAUAAAAUGCGAGUCACCAUUGAGCCCAGCCGCCCGACGUCUGCGACUCAAAAGACAUUACGACGAUGAUUCCAGACGACACUACGAGUCGGAAUACGCGAGAUAUGGAAACGAGGAGAACGAAGAAAUACGAAGAAACAUACAAAGAAGUGCCCCAAAAGCAGAGUUCUUCUUUGGCAAGGACCACUUGAAAGUGUUACGUAAUCAGUAUUAUUUCCCAAGGUGGCGUCAAAUGCCGUUCAGGAAUUUGGGGGAGAGGAACGGAAACAAUUUGCUGAUGAUAGCUCCAGCUAAAGAUGAAAAAGAUACUUCCAAAGAUAAAGUUAAUGGAAAAGAGAAAUAGCAAAGUAGUUCCUUUGUCUAUACACACUGUUGACUUGUUUCGUGUAGCGUAACGGAUCUCGUAUUUGUUCAAGAUACUUUCGUAUUUAUUUUAGAUAUAAAAUAGUUUUAUUUUUAUGUUGUCGAUCGAUUACUGUAUAAUUUAAUUUUAUCUUUAUUUCAAUGUUAUGUAUAUUAAACGCAAUCAAAUAUA